CCAGCGUUGAACACCCAAGCACGUCGCCAAUUGCUCCAAGGGUGCAUCUUACACACUGUCUUAGCAUCCACAAGAUCUUAUUGUUUACAGAUAUCACCAUGAGAACGAGAGCCAACGGCCCUAAGGGGUCAUCAGCAGAAGAGAAGCCGGAGACAGAGCAGCCAUCGAAGAAGACAUUGACGCCUGCGGAGAGGCCGAGCAAGACAUUCGUCCUGCCCUCGAAGGCCAGCAACGAUGCGAGAUUCCUCACGUUACCGAAUCCGAGUACCGGCGAAUUGAACCGUUAUUUCUUCUGUCCCCAAUUGGGCUUGUACGAGUUUACGGUGGUCGCAUCUCAGCCGCAUAUCCCGCGGAGUAUCCUCUUCACACAUAAGAGAGAUAGCACGUCCACCAAAGCGAAUGGCGACGAAAAGCGUCCGGCGGGGUCCCUUACCAAGACGGCGGAACUAUUAAUCGCAACGCCUGUUGACAGUAUCUUCUUCAUCCUUCCCAUACUCUCGCCGCCUGCAUCAAAGACAAACUCCGCCAAGGGGCUGUUCCAGCCGCUGGACGAUAUUCUUGACUCUCAAGAUGAAAUGCAUGACCAUCUUCGCUACAUCCUCUACAAUGAGUCAUUUCGAGGUCUUCUAGAGAAGCGGAUGGAAUCGAUCUGCGACACGGUGGAAGCAGGCGAUGAGAAGAUGUUCCGUCUGAGCGAGGAGAAGCUGCUCAAGGAGCUGAUCUCCAAGGCAGAACGCAUGGUAGCGCAGGGCCUUCCAACAAGUCUGGAAGAGCGAUUUAUUCGCCAGGCCUUGGAAACACCACUGAUGAGCGUGACGCGCGACGACGUCGUCACGGCUGAAACGAAAUCCGACAGCAACACCCCCGCAGCCGAGUCGCAGGAUAGACCAGGGCUAGAGAGAGCAGAGACUCAAUCUAGCGCAGCGACUGCUGCGAUAUCGAUCUCAACUCCCUUGGAUGCUUCCACGCCCGCUACACAGCCUUCGGCCAUCCAAUCGCCGUCUCCAGACGACAGCAUCCCGCGCUUACUUCGUAUCCGGACCGCGCUCUCAUUCAUGCAAUCUUCCUACCUUCCUCCUCACAUCUCAGCUAAGAUUGAAAAGAUCCUUACGUCUCCCGAAAGCCCUAUUGAUUUCAAACCGCUCACAGACGAGCUCAAGCGCAUCGCAGACCUGCGCGCGGAAGCGCUCGCCUCGCGCUCCUUCGGAGACUUCAGUCGCAAGCGGUCUGCGGACGACGAUGAUGUAGACGCGGCCGAAUCACGAGCGGAGAAGAAGCGGCGCAAGGAAGAGGAAGAGAAGAAGAAAAAAGCGGGACAGUCGCGUGGGGUUAAAGAUUUGAAGAAAGUCGAUACUAGCGGGAUGAAGAAGAUGAGUGAUUUCUUUGGUAAAGCGGCUGCUGCUAAGAAGAAAUCGUGACCACUCUAUUCAUGCCUUGGAUGGUGAUUCGGAAGAAUAUACUCUCAUUGAGAGUGCGGAGUCUACGAGGAACAACGGCACAAGGAAGCCUUCUUUGCGUUUGACACAGGGUCGAACUGCAAAGUGCCGGUAUCGCAGCACACGAUGUUCCCGGGAUAUCGGGGGAUCGUUUGUUUACGGUAUGCUGUCCACUCUGCAGUGACAUGAUCUGAGUGUUCUACGGCCGCUCGGGACCGAACACUGCAGCCCAAGGAGACUCCAAUGAUUUUCUGGCAGUCCGUGUGCGUCACGCCUUUACUGGAGACAAUGAGAUCUAAAGAGACCAUU